CUGCAGCAGCAGCAGCAGCAGCAGCAGCAGAAGAAGAGGAGCUGCUAAUGGAGGACAGUUGUUGAGUCUCAUCACACUCAAGUGGAAACGGAGUUUUCAGCCGGUUUCUCUCGGUGGAUUCUCUCAGACUCACUCGCUUCUCUCGGGUGAAGACUCGCGGCUCCCCGGACCUUCUGCCGACAAGAUGCGGGACCGGACCAAAGAGUUGGGAAACAAUGCCGAGGCGUCGGACGAUGACGAGGAGGGCACAGCUCUGAUGAUCAAACCUGGAGCCUCUUCGGCCAAAGAGGAGAAGGAGAGCGAAGCCUUCUUCAAAAAGGCACAAGAAAUUCACGAGGGGCUGCAGAGUCUCAGGAGGAUGGUGUCUGAGCUGGAGAACAAACAGAAAACUGUGCUCGGUGAAGCGCUGCCCGUGGAGAGUAUGAAGAAAGAGCUGCAGACUCUUCGAGACGAAAUAAAAACAGUGGCGAGUCAGAUCCAGAGAAAACUGAAGAGCAUCGAAUCCAAGAAGUCAGAGGAGGAUGGAAAAUAUGUGUCUAUAACCGUUCGGAUGCAGCGCACACAGCACGGCGUCUUGUGCAAAGAGUUUGUGGAGCUGAUGGGUCACUGUAACACAAUCCAGGCCCAGUACAGAGACCGCAACGUGGAGAGGAUACACAGGCAACUGAGAAUCACUGGGAACGACGUGUCGGACGAGGAGCUGGACGUCAUGCUGGAAAGUGGGCAGACGGACGUUUUCACUCAAAAUAUCCUGAUCGACGCUAAAGCUACGAAGCAGGCUCUGAACGAGAUCGAGUCCCGGCACGACGAGAUCCUGAAGCUGGAGAGGAGCAUCAGAGACCUGCACGACAUGUUCCAGUACCUCGCCAUGGAGGUGGAGGCUCAGGGAGAGAUGGUCAACCGGAUUGAGAACAACAUCAAACAGUCCUCGAACUACGUGGAGAAAGCGAAGGACAACACAGAGAAAGCCGUCACAUAUCAGCAGAAAGCACGAAAGAAGAAGUUCUGGAUCGCGAUCUGUUUGGCCAUCCUCCUCCUCAUCUUAGUCAUCGCGUUGGUCAGCGCCUUUGGCACUUAACCCCCCCCCGGCGGCGGGAGUUCGUUUGGCGGAGGCACAUUAUUGUUUCUCAAAAAAAAAAAAAUUCCCCGUUCAUGUAAAUACAUCGGCCGACAGGAUGAACAGGAUCGUUUGAACGGUGGAUUUUUCGCUCAUGGUCCUUUCAUCCUCUCCCACAUUUAAACGCCGUCUUCCUCUAACCCUCCUGUCUUCCCAUCGGGCCUCGUUCCAUUAAGAAGAGAUGUGCUCUCUGUUGUUUAAACUCACAAGUGACAACAACCCCGCCUGCGUCUCUGCUGUCACUGGAGAGGCAGCGCUGCCGGUGAAUGGACUCCUAGGUCAGAGCCACUUCCCCUCCGACAUUAAAAGAAAAAGAGGAAAUUCGUGGCCUUGAGUGAGGCACAAUGCAGUAUUGAAACCUGACACUGGCGCUGAACAUACUGUACUCAGGAAAACUGUGCGAUGAUUCUUGUUACGUUUUUUGUUUGUAGGAUGAAUUGGAGGCGUAAACAAACUAUUUUAAUAGAGUGAAGCUCUGUGCUAAUAUAAUUGUACAUAAUCUAUGCAGCUGAGGAUUCAAACUUUAUGCAGAGGAUUUUAAAACUUGAACAAUGUUUCAAACUGCCGACAUGUGAGACGUGUAAAUGUAGAAUUUUUUUUAAAUAUGAAAUAACGACCCCCUUAUUUUUAUUUUAUCAAGGCGUCUCUGGCCCAAGGCCCCAGUUUGUAUUUAUGAUUUAAACGUUGGCGUGUCGGCUGCUACUCGAGAAGUUUUUUUUUUUUCUUUCGAAACUGCCUUCUCCGUAACGUGGAGCUGAGAAUGUGAUGUUGUGCGCCAACGUUGUAAAGAAGGGACGGAGCCGGUGAUUGUUCGUGUUCAGCGUCUCCCGAGUCCUAAACUCCGAUCACGCUUAUUUAGUCGUUUUUCUUCACGUUUGUCACUUUGUGCGGCGUCUCCCAUGAUCCUUCAGGCUGCGAGUGAAGCGAGGAGUGGAAGAGAAACAGAAGCCGCUGUGCAGCGCAACACGACAAAUCAGGAAAGAAACAAUAGACCAAAACUGUCGAAGGACGCUCGGCCCUCGCGUCUCCUCUGGAACCAGAGAGCAGCAGCGACUCUGCUCCUGUGACCAGGAGACGUUACACUUCGCAUCACAUCCUUAUUUUAAUAUAGAUUUUGUUUUUAAAAUAAAAAUAUUUUCAUGUUCCAUUA